CAACCACCCCAUCUUCACUGCCGAUGGCUCGGUGAUGCCAGCUACGCUGCUCAGAACAAGGGAAUCCUCUCUCUCUCUCUCCCCGCCACCGCCACCACCACCAUCCAGACUGACUUCAGAGUCAACCAAAUGUGUGCCAGAAACCCUUAAGACUUAGCAAACACAAUAAUAGAGACGCAUGAAUUAGUUUCUGUGCAUUUGAAGAAGGAAGAGAAAGAUGAUUGGGCGCAGAGAUGGUCCUUUGAUGCGAAGCGGCACCACCGCGCAGUCACUACGCAAAUCGAGAAUUGCUAUCGCUAUUGCCAUUGGGAUUUUCCUUGGAUGCGUCUUUGCCUUCUUUUUCCCUCGUGGAUUUUUCAUUUUCAAUCCCCAUUUUCACUCUCGCCAACUCUCCAAUUCCAUUGCUCAGGUGGAAUCAACGUCAUGUGAAUCGUCUGACAGGCUGAACAUGUUGAAAGCAGAAUUUGCGGCAGCUUCAGAGAAAAAUACCGAGUUGAAGACACAGGUUAAGGAGCUGACUGAGAAGCUUAAAUGGGCUGAACAGGGGAAAGAUCACGCGCAGAAGCAAGUUGCUGUAUUGGGUGAACAGCAUAAAGCUGGUCCCUUUGGCACCGUCAAGAGUUUAAGAACAAAUCCAACAGUCAUCCCAGAUGAAUCUGUGAAUCCAAGAUUAGCAAAGGUACUAGAGAAAGUUGCUGUUCAAAGAGAAGUUAUAGUUGCUUUAGCAAAUUCCAAUGUCAAGGGAAUGUUGGAGGUUUGGUUUAAUAGUAUCAAGAAAGUAGGUAUACCCAAUUACUUGGUUGUUGCUUUGGAUGAUGAGAUUGUUAAUUUUUGUGAAUCAAAUGAUGUUCCUGUGUAUAAGAGAGAUCCUGAUGAAGGGAUUGAUUCAAUAGGAAAGACUGGAGGUAACCAUGCUGUUUCAGGGUUGAAAUUUCAUAUCUUGAGAGAGUUCUUGCUGCUGGGAUAUGGUGUUCUUCUCUCAGAUGUUGAUAUCGUGUAUUUGCAAAAUCCUUUUCACUUCCUUUAUCGGGAUUCAGAUGUGGAGUCCAUGACUGAUGGCCAUAACAAUAUAACAGCUUAUGGUUAUGAUGAUGUCUUUGAUGAUCCUGCUAUGGGUUGGGCUCGGUAUGCUCAUACAAUGAGGAUAUGGGUUUACAAUUCUGGCUUUUUCUACCUUAGACCUACAAUUCCUUCAAUCGAGCUGUUGGACCGUGUAGCGAAUCGGCUUUCUCAUGAGAAGGCCUGGGACCAGGCAGUUUUCAAUGAGGAACUCUUUUUCCCUUCACAUUCUGGGUACAAUGGACUUCAUGCUUCCAGGAGAACUAUGGAUUUCUAUCUCUUCAUGAACAGCAAAGUCCUUUUCAAGACUGUGAGGAAAAAUGCUAACUUGAGCAAGCUCAAGCCUGUGAUUGUUCACGUAAAUUACCAUCCUGAUAAGCUUCCGCGAAUGAAAGCGGUAGUGGAAUUCUAUGUUAAUGGCAAGCGAGAUGCAUUGAAACCAUUCCCUGAUGGAUCAGACUGGUGAAUUCAAUUUUUUUCUUAUUUGAUGGUAGCCUUCUCAUUUUCCUGCUUAAUCUUCAAAUGCGUUGUAGACUUGUAAUGAAUGAUCCAGACAUAUGGCAAGGCCAAAAUCAUUUGACACAUUCCUAGACAAAUCUGUGUCCUUGUUUAUCAGACCUCUAUCAAAUGCUCACCUUAAAAUUUUGCUCUCAUGAAGAUAGAUUAAUGUAACUAUAUGUCUGUGUUCGUCAUUGUUUUAUAAGUCAUUUGCAACUCAUUGUUCUUUAACUUCGAUCAGUCAUUUACAGUUGCGCUUUAUUGUAACCUCUUGAUCUACCACGCCUAAGGAUUCUUUUUUUCUUUU